AUGGAAAACCAGAGAGGAAGACAAGAUACUGAACACCAAAUGGGGCAGAGAGCGGCCUCAUUCAAGGCUUUUAUGCUGAAAAACAGCAUGACAAGCGACCUUAACCUCUAUGAUCACCUCACGCGUUUGCUGACGAAGAUUAUGGACGAACGUCCACAAAAUGCGGUUGAUGUGUUUGAGGCUAUGAGCCGUGAUGUAAAGCGCACAUCGCUUGAAGACAAACAGAGCACCUUGCGAGAUGUGCCUUCGACUUCCGCUGCGCAGCUUUUGGCAGAACAGCAGCGGUUGCUUUUUUCUCGGGGGGAGGACGUGGAACAAGAGGAUGAAAUGGUUUACACGCCUCUUCCUAAUGUGAGUGAGAUUGGCUUCUACCUGGAGCAGGCUGGGGUGGGCCUGGCCAGAGAGGAGAUGCAGAGGAUUUUCCUAGCAUUAAAACAACUCGUGGGAUCCCAGCCCCUGCAGCGCUGCAGGUUGUGGGGCAAGAUUCUAGGAAUAGAGUGUAAUUAUGUCAUUGCAGAAGCCGAAUACAGAGAAGGUUGGGAUGAGGAAGAACAGGAGGCUGAUGAUGAAGAGAGAGAGGUGGAAACUCAUGCUGGUGAUGAGGAGGAGAACGAGAUGGAUCCACUCCCUUUGUCGACUUACAAGCCACCACCUUUGGUGCCUAAAGAACCCAGCCGCACUGGCGCGAACAAGUUUGUUUACUAUGUGUGCAAAGAGCCUGGUCUUCCCUGGGUCAAGCUGCCCUCAGUCACUCCUGUACAGAUCAACACUGCCCGCCGGAUCCGAAAAUUUUUCACUGGGCGACUAGAUGCUCCAGUCAACAGCAACCCACCUUUCCCUGGCAAUGAGGCCAACUACCUGAGAGCACAGAUUUCCCGCAUCUCUGCGGGCACACAGGUCAGUCCCCAGGGGUUCUUUCGGUUUGUGGAGAAAGAAGGUGAGGAGGAAGAGGAGGAGGAGGCACCAUAUCACAGUUAUGAGGAGAAUCUGGACUUUGAAAGCAUCACAGUUCCUGAAAUGGUCAAGUCUUUGACCUGGGUACACCAUAUUCAGCACAUCCUGCAGCAGGGCCGCUGUACUUGGGUAAACCUAGCAGUGAAGCCAGAGGAGGAAAAAGAGGAGGAGCCUGAUGAGCCUGAGCAAGAGCUAGGGCCUCCCGUCCUCACUCCCAUCUCUGAGGAUGCAGGGAUGUUCAACACCCCUCCCUGGACCUCCAUGAUGUCCUCCUCUCUCACCUCCCAGUAUGCAGUGGCUAUGCUGCGUUCAAACCUCUGGCCAGGAGCACAUGCGUACACUUGUGGAAAGAAGUUUGAGAAUAUAUACAUCGGCUGGGGGUUGAAGUAUGCAGGGGAAGGAUUUGCCCCAAAUUUGCCCCCAGUGCCACAGAAAGAAUACCCCAGUGGACCAGAAAUUAGUGAGGCCCUGGACCCUACUCUGGAAGAGGAACAGGCACUCAGAGCAGCCUUGGAGGACCAGCAAGCUGCUGAAGAUGACAUGGAGGAUACUGAUGGAGAAAAGGAGGAGGACGAUGAUGACUGA